GCAAGCUCUCCGCCUCGCUCGCCCCAGCGGCGUUUCCACCUUAAGGAAGGCCCCGCUUGCCCACUGCGCCCUGCCACGGGGCUUCCUUCGAAAGGGGGCUAGGAGUUGCGCUGCAGCCUGGUUUGCCCUUUGCCAAAAAUAAACGGAGAAAAAGACGAAUCGCGACUCGUGCGAGCCCAUUGCAGGGAGGCCGAGCUCGCCCCCCGCCCCGGAGCAAGCCGGCUGCUUCUCCCUCCUUUUGCAAGCUGGCCGGGUCUUCCUUAACAGGGCUGUUGUAAGGAUGUGACGCUGGCAGCCACAACGGCGGCAGCCACACCCCUGCCGGCUCCAUAUACCCUGCCAGGCUGGGCUGGAGCGAGAGAGGUCUCUGGCCGCCCUGCCUCCUCUGCUGCGCCCCCGGAGAAGCCGAGGUUCCGCGCGGGAGGCGUCCUUGCAGACCGCACCGGUCUCCGCGCGGGAGGCGUCCUUGCAGAUCGCACCGGUCUCCGCGGCUGGGUGCCGGUCUUCUCUCGCCGGGGCUCUUCCUCCCCUGCCGCCCCCAUGGCUCCGUCCGCCUCGGCUCCCGCCUUCGCGACCCCCUUCCCCAGACCCCGCUGCCUGGCCGCGGCCGCCGCCCCAGCCGGGAAAGCCAAGCUGACCCAUCCGGGCAAGGCGAUCCUCGCAGGUGGCCUUGCGGGCGGCAUCGAGAUCUGCAUUACCUUCCCCACCGAGUAUGUGAAAACGCAGCUCCAGCUGGACGAGAAAGCGAACCCGCCACGAUACAAGGGCAUAGCGGAUUGUGUGAAGGUGACGGUCAGAGACCAUGGCGUUCGAGGACUUUACCGAGGUCUCAGUUCGCUGGUAUAUGGAUCCAUACCGAAGGCGGCUGUAAGGUUUGGGAUGUUUGAAUUUCUCAGCAACCACAUGCGAGAUGCAGAAGGGAAACUGGACAGCAAACGGGGCCUUCUGGCCGGCUUGGGAGCUGGUGUCGCCGAAGCUGUGGUUGUGGUGUGCCCGAUGGAAACCAUCAAGGUGAAGUUUAUCCACGAUCAGUGCUCCCCGCAGCCAAAGUAUCGUGGUUUCAUCCAUGGAGUGCGGGAGAUUGUCCGGGAACAAGGCUUAAAGGGAACAUACCAGGGACUAACAGCCACUGUCCUCAAACAGGGAUCCAACCAGGCCAUCCGCUUUUUCGUCAUGACCGCUCUCAGGAAUUGGUAUAGAGGGGAGGAUCCAGACAAAGUCAUGAACCCCCUCAUCACCGGGGUAUUCGGAGCAAUUGCAGGUGCUGCCAGUGUCUUUGGCAACACCCCGCUGGACGUUGUGAAGACCAGGAUGCAGGGUCUGGAGGCACACAAGUACAAGAGCACCUGGGACUGUGCCUACCAGAUCAUGAAAUACGAAGGCCCUCUUGCGUUUUACAAAGGAACAAUCCCACGCCUGGGUCGGGUCUGCUUGGAUGUGGCCAUCGUCUUCAUCAUCUACGAUGAAGUCGUCAAGGUACUCAACAAAGUAUGGAAAACUGACUGAGCACACGCCGCGUGAAGCGAGGGCACCACCUCUCCGAUCGCCAGGCAACAGCUGGGAAGAAGUCACGACCAACCUCAGAAGACAUUUCGGGGGUAUUUCUCCCAGGAGUGGUGCCGGGAGACUGCACCUGCUCCUGUGUGCAAACGGGACACUAGCCAAGAACCCGAUUCGCCGUUUCCAUAUCGAGCUUGAUACACUUUAUUUAUCGGAACGGACUGUGGAGAAUUUUAAAUUAUUGUUUGUGGGAUAACGUGACCAGGGAAGAUGGGACGGAGUGUGGGGUGAGAAUAGAGGGGAAAUGGAACCGUGUGCUGGCUUCAGCUAGGCCAUCUCUGUCAACUUGAAGCAAGGAACUGAGAGGGGAACAUUUUACCUGGUGCCUGCCUCUUUCUUUCUUUCUUUCUUUCUUUCUUUCUUUCUUUCUUUCUUUCUUUCUUUCUUUCUUUCUUUCUUUCUUUUCUUAUUUGUUGUCUUAGGCCUUUCCCGUUAAGGUCCACGAUAAGAAACCGGACUUGGGACUUUUGCUAGGAGGAAAGUACUUGUAGGGAACUGAAGUGAUUCCACUUAAUUUGCCAGUUCAGGACACUGUUGCACACAAACAAAACCAGCCCAGAGAAGGUGGUUGGCAUGGGGAUGUGGGGUGGUUUCCAGUCCUCCUCACAUGCUCGCACACAUGCACGCCCUCUUUGAACCCUCUGGCACUGAUACGUUUCAGAUAGAACCACUUGCAGAGAGCACACUCAGAGAUGACAGAAAAUUGAAUGCAUUCCAAGAGCAAUCCUUCCAGUCACUUUUUUCCCUCCAAGAAACUAGUCCCUCUUAGCUUUGGUAGCUUGAGUCCGAUGCAGGUACCUGAAAUUUCUGGCCUAAACAGAGAUCCGAUUAUUGUGUUUUUGUUGGGUCAGCAAAAAGGAAUCUGCAGAGGACUCUAUCCUAGGCGUAGGAGCUGGGGAAGUCAUUAGGAUAAUUCACAUGAUUGAAAUCUGGGUCAGAAGAGCACUCAGACAAGAGUAGAUGAACCAAGCACGUUCCCCCUUCAGCAGUUGUGUGGACUCCCAAGAUCAAGAGAAGCGUGAUCAUGUGUGAAGUGGGAGCUGGGUAAAACAGGCACGCCCUCCCCAGAGACUCUCUCCAGCUUUUUACCAAGGGUAGAGGAAAAGUCGAGUGCAAAAAUGGGAUGUGCAAAAAAAUUGACCAAAUCGAUUCGAAUCUGAAUCAAAUUCAUCUUGAAACUGCUUGCACAGAAUGCGAAUAGUUCGGAUAUAUUCUAGUUCAGGCAAAUGCAACUCGAUUCAAAUGAAUCCCAUUCUGUGGAAGCAGUUUUGAGUCAAAUCGAUUUGACUUCAGAUUGAUUCGCUCAAAUCUUUUGCACAUCCCUAAACCCAGCUCCCACCUUGCUCAUGAUUACCCUCCCCAUCUCCUACCUUGAUCUUGGAGUUCGCACAACUGCCAGGCGGGAGCUCGCAUGACUCUCCUCCCCAGAUUAUGAUCUGUGAACUAGCCUAUUUUCUGAUGGCCUCUCUUAGCCACUUGACCCACAUCUGAUUCUUCUACAUUUUCCUAUGGCCAAUCCCAAAGAUUGGCCAAGCCUGAAAUUUUGUUCAUAUUUUAAUGAAGGUAAAGAACAGGGAAGGCUUCUCCUCUGGCCUCCUUUUAGAUAUCCUUUGCUUAUUGCUGAGAUCAGGGGAAUAUCUUGUCCCAGUUAACCCAUUCCAUUGUAAACAUAUUUACAUUUAGAGUUGGAAGGAGGGACGGCCGAAACUCAGUUCCUUGGUGCACCAGGCAGAAAAGGACUCCCCUCUUCAAUUCAUUUCUCCUUUCAGAUGGUCUUUCUUCUCCCCCUCAUUCAAUGCUCUUUCCCCCCCUUUGGUUCGAGGACUACGAUUCAUCCAACCUUGGCAGACACAACACUGGAUUUGAUAAUGUUUGUACUGUAUUGGAAAGGGACAGUCUCUGCCCAGGUACCAAAGCUCUUGAUGAUUCCAUUACAAACUUGUGCCAAACUUUGUAUGUCUAUUCCCCACCCCCACCCCCCACCCCAAUACAGUCUAUACUUGACGUUCUUUUUUUAAAAAAAAUGUAUAUCGACAUUUUCAGUGUGUAUCGACAGUGAACCAAAUGCAGCCCAUCACCGGAGGGAGGUCUGUGGGGGAUCACUGACUUGCCAAUCCAUUGCUUUAUAGCCGCAAAUUGAAUCAAAUGAUAUGCCUGGUUUUAGAAUGUGUUGGACUCGAGUCGAAUUUUGGGAAACGAUACUGAGUUUCGUGUAUCCGCCCUCCUGUGUUUGUGUACCUUGGCUAGAAGCAUAACUCUGACUGAUCAGUGUUCCCUAUGGCGGGGAAUCCCAGACGUUGUUGACUACAGCUCCUAGCAUCCCCAGCUUGCCGGCUGGGGAUUAUGGGAGUUGUAGUCAACAUCUGGGAGUCCUGGUACAGCCAGGGAACACUGUUACUGACUGCAGGAUUUCACAGAUAUGGGUGUCUCUGGCUGGGUCCCUGCUAUGUUUUUGUAGCCAUCCGUGGGCUGAAUGUAGGUUUACUGUCCUCGGAUCGAUACCUAUGCGGUGGCCUUAGUGGCUGGCAACCUGCUCGCCUUGGCUUCUUCCUUGCACUAGCCAUGUGAGUGAGGGCAGAUAUCUGGACUCUGUUGCUCAUGCCAGGGAUUUCUUGUACUCGCUGGAUUUUCGUUGAAUGUUGUAAGUUCAUGAUUGGAAUGGCAACUGGACACCAGAAUGGCUUUCCUGGAAUUCUGGCUUUGCUGUGAGGUCGCCAACAAUAAAAACCAGAGUUGCCUCGUU